GGUCGGAACUACCAGCGUGCGCUGAGCGGGGUUGGGGGUUAAGUCGGGAGCUGCGGUCCCGGCGGCGGCCAGGAGGGGACAGGCAGAAGGGCUGGGGCGGCGUCGGCGACAGCAGCAGCAGCAGCAAGAGCGAGAGCAGCGGCAGGAGCAGCAACAGCGGAGCCUCGCGGAGAGAGGCGCCAGGCAGGUAGAGCGAGCUCCCGCGGCCUCGUCGCUUCGCUGCCCGCUGGCAACGGCUGUGAGGGAAGCGCCUCCAUGUCGGACAACCAAAGCUGGAAUUCCUCGGGCUCCGAAGAGGAUCCCGAGACCGAAUCCGGGCCGCCUGUUGAGCUCUGCGGAGUCCUCAGCAAGUGGACCAACUACAUCCAUGGGUGGCAGGACCGGUGGGUAGUCUUGAAGAACAAUACUCUAAGUUACUACAAGUCUGAAGAUGAAACUGAGUAUGGCUGCAGGGGCUCAAUCUGUUUGAGUAAGGCUGUCAUUACACCCCAUGAUUUUGAUGAGUGCAGAUUUGAUAUUAGCGUGAAUGAUAGUGUUUGGUAUCUACGGGCUCAGGAUCCAGAUCAUAGACAACAAUGGAUAGAUGCAAUUGAACAGCACAAGACUGAAUCUGGCUAUGGAUCAGAGACGAGCUUACGGCGCCAUGGCUCUAUGGUAUCCCUUGUGUCUGGAGCGAGUGGGUAUUCGGCAACAUCGACCUCCUCAUUCAAGAAGGGCCACAGUUUGCGUGAGAAGCUUGCUGAAAUGGAAACCUUCAGAGACAUAUUGUGUAGACAGGUUGAUACGCUACAGAAAUACUUUGAUGCCUGUGCUGAUGCUGUCUCCAAGGAUGAACUUCAGAGAGAUAAAGUGGUAGAAGAUGAUGAAGAUGAUUUCCCUACAACGCGCUCUGAUGGGGAUUUUUUGCACAAUAGUAAUGGAAGUAAGGAAAAAUUGUUUCCACAUGUAACGCCCAAAGGAAUAAAUGGCAUAGACUUUAAAGGAGAAGCUAUAACUUUCAAGGCAACUACUGCUGGAAUCCUUGCUACACUUUCCCAUUGUAUUGAGCUAAUGGUAAAACGUGAAGAAAGCUGGCAGAAAAGGCUGGAUAAGGAAAUUGAAAAAAGGAGGAGAAUAGAAGAAGCCUACAAAAAUGCUAUGACAGAACUUAAAAAAAAGUCUCAUUUCGGUGGGCCAGAUUAUGAGGAAGGUCCCAACAGUCUGAUUAAUGAAGAAGAAUUUUUUGAUGCUGUAGAAGCUGCUCUUGAUAGGCAAGACAAAAUCGAAGAACAGUCCCAGAGUGAAAAGGUCAGAUUACACUGGCCAUCAUCAUUACCACCUGGUGAUGCAUUUUCUGGUGUGGGGACUCACAGAUUUGUCCCAAAGCCCUAUAGUCGCUCUUCCUCCAUGUCUUCCAUUGAUCUAGUCAGUGCCUCUGAUGAUGUUCACAGAUUCAGCUCCCAGGUGGAAGAAAUGGUGCAGAACCACAUGACCUAUUCAUUACAGGAUGUGGGGGGAGAUGCUAAUUGGCAGCUGGUGGUUGAAGAAGGUGAAAUGAAGGUGUACAGGAGGGAAGUGGAAGAAAACGGAAUUGUUCUCGAUCCUUUGAAGGCCACACAUGCAGUCAAAGGUGUCACAGGGCAUGAGGUCUGCCACUACUUCUGGAAUGUUGAUGUUCGUAACGAUUGGGAAACAACCAUUGAGAAUUUCCAUGUAGUAGAAACUUUAGCAGAUAAUGCAAUCAUAAUCUACCAGACACACAAGAGAGUGUGGCCUGCUUCUCAACGUGAUGUGCUGUAUUUGUCUGCUAUUAGAAAAAUACCAGCUUUCAAUGAAAAUGACAGUGAAACAUGGAUUGUCUGCAACUUCUCUGUGGAUCAUGAUAGUGCUCCUUUGAACAAUCGAUGUGUUCGUGCCAAAAUAAAUGUUGCUAUGAUAUGUCAGACGUUGGUAAGCCCACCAGAAGGGAACAAGGAGAUAAGCAGAGACAACAUCCUAUGCAAGAUUACCUAUGUAGCAAAUGUGAACCCUGGAGGUUGGGCACCAGCUUCUGUGUUACGGGCAGUAGCAAAGCGAGAGUACCCAAAAUUCUUGAAGCGGUUCACAUCAUAUGUGCAAGAGAAAACGUCAGGAAAGCCUAUUUUGUUCUAGUGUUAACAGCACCGUCUUAGCUUUGUUGGUGGUAAUCAGAACUGAAGCUUUCAUCCAUUCCCCUCCCUCCUCCAUCCCCAGUGAUUGGAACAAGGCUGUGUGAACAUUCCACAUGGAGAAAUGAACCAAAAUGAAUGCUCCAAGCUGGAACGUAGGAUCUACAGUCUUAUGACCCAAGUCCUGGAUUCUGUACUCAAAUGAAGAAAUACUGCAAUGCCAUGAUGCUGAUCUUUCACUGUCUUUUGCUAGCUCACCUUGCUGAAUUGGUGUGUAAUUAUAAACAAAACACAAAAUACAUGUGUUGAUACAUGUAUGUGGCUCUACUUUAUUUGCUUGCUUUAGAGAAGAAAAAUACAACUUUUGGGUCACCAACUUGGUUUAUUGCUUUAAUUUUUGAAUAAUUUGAAAAGCUUUUGUUUACUGUGGAUCUUCAUCAUAAGACACUUGCACAGCUUCCAUUUUGUGUAUGUCUAAAAAAAAGCACAAAGGACAAAUGCACAUAUAACAUACUGUAUGUGCUUUAUAUACACAAAAACCUGUGUGUUGUAACUUUUUUCCUUCAGGUUUUCAGUAAACUCUGUCUUUCGGGGGGAUUUUUUUUGUUUGCUUUGUAUAAUCAUAGUUCAUUGCUGCUGGUUUCUAUGAUAAAUCAUAUUGUUAUGUAAGACAUCUCUUACUAUGAGAGAGUUGUCGAGAUCCUUAUGACUUUGCCUUUUCUUGCUCCUAUGAAGUUCUUCAGGGUUCUGAUGGAGUAAGUGUGGAAAGCUUUAUUUCCCCCUCCCCCAGAUAUCUUUAUAUUUCUAUUGUAUUUUUUAGUUGUGUAAAAUGUGCUACAGAAAUUUAGUUAUUGAACAUGAUCCAGAAUUUCUAAAUAGGUAGAGGACGUGAACAGGAAGGUGAGAGCACCCGAAAAAGCUAGAGAAGUGUCUUGCCCAGGUUGUGUGUGAUGGCCUUGCUUUCUUGCAAUCUGAUUUCCUGAAGCUACAAGAAGUUAACACUGUGUAAUAUUUAUUAAAGUAAAUUGGAAUACAUAAUAUAACAUUCCCAGUCACAAAGAAAGAGCAAAUAUGCUGUUUUCUGGUCCUGCAUGUUUGUUUGUUUUCUGUUCAAUAAAGCUGUGCUAUGAAGUUCAUACAUACAACCUUUCACACAUGUAAUAUUUGCCCCCCACCCGCAAUCUGCAUUGUAAAAUGUAAAAAUCCAUAAAAGCAAAAAAGCAAAGUUCCCCUUAGUUGCUGUGAGAACUUAAACUUUCAAGGAUAUGCCUGUCUGUGAUGCCAACAAAUAACAUGAAAAGUGAACUGUGACAAAAGACUGGGUGUCCUAUUGAGGAAAUGUCUCACUUGGUGGUUGUGCUUUUAAAUGGAGAUUAUUCAGAGGAUUUGUUUUGUUUUGUUUUUUUAGCUGUUAGAUCAACUUGUGUAUAUAUAGAGAGAGAGACGAGAUUUGGAUAUAUUUUUGAAAAGAAAGCAGAAAGUCUUAUUUCGUAUAGAGUAACUGAUGCCUGAAAACAAAGACUUUUUAAUGAAGAUACAGCUGAUGAAAAUCGUUGAGGUUGGAAGCAAAUUUUCUUGGGUGUGGCUGGUGUGUCUUAGAUAUGCUAAGGUAGACGCACUAUGGUUGAUUUAUACACAUGCACACAGAUUCCAUGUUUUUUAAUCUCCUUUAUUUGCCUUUCUCUAAAUAAUGUGCAUGGAAUAUGCCUUAUUACAGAAUAAUUCUGAUCAUGAUUUGAAAAUGUAAAAGAGAAGUGCCUAUGGGGUAAUGCCAGUAAGGCAAGUAAGUUGAGAAAUUUGAUCUGUUUACUAUAUCACCAGUAAGCAUUUUAUAUACAGUUUCUUAUACCUCAGAUACAUUUAAUCUUUUUACAAUCAACUGAAGGAUAAAAUUGUUCAUUCACCAUAGCCACUGAUGGGAACUUCAACAAUGCUUAGACCCCAAAUGCAGAUUUAACAAUUUGCCAUUUCUGGUAAUGAUCAUGGGAGACAUGCAAGUAACUCUAAUUUAAUUGGAUAGCUUUAUUAUACAAAGAGAUGGAAAGUUUACAAAGCAGUAUAUAAAUCUUAAUAUCAUUAGUUGCAUUUGCACUAAAUGUGAUGUAUUUUGCAAUUCUGUAAAUAAAAAUUACACUAAAUAUACUAUUUGUAAAGAAUACAUUUUACUUUUAGACAAGCGGAGUCACUUUAUUAGAGCUAGCCCUGCCCAACUGAUAACUGGAGGCUUCCUGGGAUAUAUGGCAAGAGCUUUAAAAAAAACCCAAUGAUGACAUGGAACCUUCUCCUAAGAAACUGACAGGCUCAAUCAGCCAAUGCAAAGAACCUUUCCCCCAGCAGAGAACUCUUUUCUUCCCCAUCUCUUGUCCCUUCCAAAUGAGUCAUUCCAUCAAAACUCUCAUUCUGCCUAUCCAUAUCCUCCUCUGUCAAAGGCAAUAGCUGAUGAGCACAUGUGUCAGUCCCUUUUCCUUUACUUUUGUACGAACUUGACAAUACAGUUGCCCUCUAUGUGUGUGGAGACUUCCCCAAAGGUGGCUCUGCCUCCUCAGUGCCUGUUCGUUUCAUUGAAAGCCUGACUUUGCCACCACAUAAAUUGAUUUCUGUCAAAUGAUGGACCUCGCCCCAUGUAUUUAGCUGUUGUGAUUGGUGGGGAAGAAGAUGGAAAAGAAGGUCAGGAAACAAGCACUGGUCAUUUCUCCCUGAUUUUUAGACCCUUUUAAUAUUUUCUUUUCCAGUCUGUCUAAAUCUUGCAAAUUUCUUGGGGUGGGUGCAUUAUUUGACCUUGAAAGAAGUUAACUCUUAUCUUAUUGGGCUGAACUGGUUCAUAAUAAAGUUGUACUGGUUCUCCUUAAUCAAAUUGUCAAGUCAAACCUUUCACUGAUCUUUCUGUCAACUGUUGUAUAUGAAGCUGUAUUUGAGUUGCCACUGUUCAUCUACAUACUCAAAACAUGAAUCACUUUAAAGAGUAUCUUGAGUGUGUAGAGUGUGACUGUUCUAUGAUAGCUUUAUGAUUCUGUUAACUUUAAAAACAAACAGCUAGACUGAGUUGGCUCUUCCAUGUUACAAUCACAAAUUUAAAAACCAGUAUUUAAAAGUGAAAAGUAUUAAAAGAUAUUACAAA